AUGAAAACCACACUACUACUACUUCUCCUUCUUGUAUGUUCUUCAUCUGUUUCAUCAUCAGAUUCAUCUCUAAUAUCCACUGCUGUUUGUGGGAUCUUCACUUUCGGAGACUCCAUCUUCGACGCUGGAAACAAUCACUUCAACAAGAACUGCACUGUUCAAGCAGAUUUCCCACCGUAUGGCUCAAGCUUCUUCCACUACCCGACUGGCAGGUUCACUAAUGGCAGAACUGUUGCUGAUUUCAUCUCACAAUUCAUCGGCAUUCCUCUCCAAAAACCAUAUUAUGAGGUACAAAUUGAAGCUAUGACUGGAAGCCGGAAAGGUUAUCCUUCCGAUGGCAUUAACUUUGCUAGUGCCGGCAGCGGUGUUUUGCAAGGAACAAAUAAAAAUUUGGGAGUCACCUCACUCCAAGAACAAUUACAACAAUUCCAGACACUAGUGGAGCAAAACCACAUUGGCAAAACUCUAGUUCAGAAAUCCUUCUUCUUCUUCGAGUCUGGUUCCAACGACAUCUUCAACUACUUUCUUCCAUUUGCUCCCCCAACACUAGACCCGGAUGCCUAUGUCCAAGCCAUGCUAACCCAAGUCACAAAAUUCAUAGACCAAAUCUACAUGCUUGGCACUCGCCGAAUUGCUUUGUUUUCACUAGGGCCUGUUGGGUGUGCUCCAGCCAGGGCACUCCUGCCAGGUGCACCCAUUAAUCGAUGUUUCGGAAAGAUGAACUUGAUGGUUAAGAAGUACAACGAGGGACUGGAAUGUUUGGUCAAUGAUAUGCCUAUCAAGUACCCCGGGGUGGUGGGUGUUUAUGGAGAAACCUAUGACAUUGUUCAGCGAUUUCGAGCCAUUCCUACACGUUACCAUUUUUCGGACGUAUCGAGUGCAUGUUGCGGCGGAGGUACUCUAGGAGGAUUGCUGCAAUGUGGGAAGAAGGGAUACAAGACAUGUGCAAACCCUAAUGAGUUCUUAUUCUGGGAUUACUUCCAUCCAUCAGAGCAUGCUUACAGGAUCAUAUCCAAGGCCUUGUGGGGUGGAAAGAAAUAUCGAAUUAGACCACUUAAUUUGAAGGCUCUAGCCAACAUCACCCUCACUCGUGUUUGA